GAUAAGUUCAAUUUGUAUUUAAAGUAAAGUCAGCGUUAGUUAAGGCAGUUUUUGACAUGUUAAUCUUGAUGUGUUUUAAAGGCUGCCAAUCACGUUACUGAAGCAGCUUGAAAGGAAGACUUAUAGAGAAAGCACACACUCUUGGAUGUUCAUGGUGUCUUCGUUUUACCCAAAACUAAGGUCUUCACAAUAGAUAAUGACUCCACGAGAUCACAUGAGAAAAAUGUCUAUCCUGGGAGAACAAGGAACACUAGAAGAAAAGCACUUAUACCGGUUAGCAAGUGGCAUGGCGGCAGGAGAACUGCGGCAGCGACAGGAGAUGCUCAUGCGCAACCAGCUGAUGGCGGUAAACCCUCAGCUGAUGGGUGCAGGGCAGCCGAGAAUGCAGGCGAUUCCCUCCCAGUUUGAGCCUCGGCUCGUUGACAGAGAUCUGUUACCUUCAGCUGAAAUGAUGGCAUCGGCUGACCCAAGACAAAUCCAUAUAGCAUCCCACCUCGGGCCCACGGUCCCACAGCAUGCAAACAUGCCAAACAUACUGUCCAACCGGGUUUACCCACCCCCAGGAUAUAGCUUUCUGCAACCAGAAUCCAUGGAAGCUGUGGCCAGGAGACAGGAACUGGUUCAAAAGCAAAAUAUUGCCAGAAUGGAAAUGGAGAUGAGUGCUAUUUUUCAGCAAAAAGAAAUGGAGAAAGCUCAUCGGAAAGGACUACUGGGCCUGGAAGCACCUUUCCUUUACCAUGGGAUGCCAGCUAGUCCCAUUGCUUUCCGUGGCAGGCACAGACUGCCUGAAGGCCAUCUCCCCAGUGACUUAUAUGUUCAUCGUACCACCCUUGAUGAAAUUCAUGGCAACACUAUGCUAAUGGCAACCAGCCCAUACCCUCCAGUCACCACUUUGCAAAGGGAGAGGGGACGUCGACCAGGGAGAAGAGCUGGAAAUCACAAAACUGCAGAGUGUAGUGCCAAUGGCACAAAGAACCAAGCUGAUGACAAAACUACAGACCCUGCUGCAGCUGCAGUGGAUGAUGAGAAAGAAGACAAGAAAGAAGCAGAGGUGGAGACACCAAACAAACAUGAACAAAACAAAAACCAGACUGAGCCAUCUGCAGCUGCUAAAAACUGUAAAGAGUUUGAACAAAGCUUGAGAAAAAACUCUGCUACUCAUGAAAUUUCUACUGAAACCAACAGCUGCAACAAUACAAAUGAGAAAGAAUCUAAUAGCUCCUGUACUACUUUUGAUGACAAGUUCAUGUACCCUUCUGCAAUCCCAUUCUCAGCAUUACCAUAUGGAUUUCCAGUACCAAGCAAUGCACUGCUACCCUCAGGAGCACAUGGCCUGAUCCUGAAUGGAGAAGACAUUUCUUCAACUGAAGACAUUCGCAAGUGGACUGUUGAUGAUGUUUACAACUUCAUCAUUAGCCUCCCUGGCUGUUCAGAUUAUGCCCAGAUAUUUAAAGACCACGCUAUUGAUGGAGAAACCCUCCCACUGCUAACAGAGGAACAUCUCCUGGAUACAAUGGGACUAAAACUUGGACCAGCAUUAAAAAUCCGCUCUCAGGUGUCUCAACGUUUGGGCAAUGUGCUCUACAUGAUGAAUCUUCCUCUGCCAGUGCCAUUGCCACCUGCUUCAGGCAAACCCUCAGAUCAGCCUCCUGACAUAGCCUCCCCUCUUCACUGUAACAGCACUGGAGAUGCGCUGGAUAGUCCAGGCUCUCAGGACCCAGAAACUUCACAAGCAGUGGAACAGAUCAUUUCAGAAAGCAGGGAAAAUCCGUGCAGCACAGCUGGAUCUCAGGCUGACUUCCAGAUGAUCACUUUCCAGAAAAGUUGAGCUAAGUCCAGGACAUAACAUUUUUUAAUAGUACAGGAACCUCUAGUUACAAAGCAUUUGAGAAGAUAGCUACAGUGUGAAACCUCUGUGUGAUGGGGGCCGAAUAAAAUAAACUGCAAGUGCAGCAUGAGGAAGUGUGGUAUCUGAAAGGCAUCACAAAAAUGCAACUACAUACUGGUGCAAUUACUUUCAAGUGCAACACAUUGGAAAGAAACCAGUACGGUUAACAAAUACUUUUCAUUUUUCAUUGAAGUCCAGUGUCAUCACUGAAAUCUGUCAGAGAUUCAGAGUGCGCUGUCUUACAGUGUGUUCCUGCAGGCUGCUAAGAAACUACAAUGAAAAGUUACAGCUUCCACAUACAGCUUGCUGCUGCUCCUGUUAAGCAAAAUUUAUACAGGAAAUUUGUAAGGGAU